AUGUAUGGAUUAGCGCCAUGUUCUUCAGGUACUUCUGGUGAAAGCAUCAAACUUAUGGCCAACUUUGUUCCGAUUAGUCAUAGGCCGGAUGUAUUGUGUACUCAGUACCAUGUGGAUUUUGAACCACUGGUGGACUCGAGAUCGGUUCGGCAUCAGAUCCUCAAACAGGAGCAAAUUCAGGAGCACAUUGGAUCCACUUUUAUAUUCGAUGGGAUGAUCUUAUACACCGUGAGCGAUCGCAACUUUGACGUGAGUGUUCUGUAA